AUGCAAGUCACGAUCGCAUUUCCUUAGUAACGACGAGGUGAGAGAACUUCAGGAAUGAUGAAGAUGCGAUUAUAUAGGCCGUACAAUUCUCUCCGUUCUCAGAAUUCAUCAUCACAGCCAAACUCAUCAUCAACAACACCAACAACAACAGCUACUUCAACUCGUCAAUUCUAGUCGCAUAUUCACUCGUUUGUACAUUUUACAGCAAUCUCCCAAUCCAUCCGUGAACCACAAGUCGCAAACACUUUCAAGAUGGUGAAUGUCAAAUCCCUCCUCUUUGCAGCCUCCGCGCUUCUUAGCGGAAUUGCUGCAGCUCCCUUCCCAUCUAGCGGCCUCGAGGCCCACGCCACCGACACCGUUGCCGUCGAGUCUCGCCAUCUGAACGCCCCCCACGGCCUCGAGCGUAGGACUCUGGCCCGUGGACAGACUACUACUCCCAUGGACAUGCGAGAGAAUCAAUGGAUUUACGGCAGUUCGGUAAAGCGCCAGAAUCUGGAUGCAAUCGCAAUCACCGACUUGAGCGGCUGUACCGUACUUGUCUUCUGGGAUAAAGAUUGGUGGCCCUCUGCCUUCCACCUCCUCUGCGGCAAUGAAGAGGCGGAUGCCCAGGAGGCAUAUUCGAGAAUUGAUGAAAUGGGCGGGGGCUUGGACGACAACGGCAUCUCUAUCGCGUAUAGCCACCAACAAUAUUUGGACGCUACCAUACGGGGACUCAAAGCCUACAAUCCAGAUGCCGAGAGAAAAAUCAUCAACAGGCAGUUCUACGACUGGGCCAACAUUAAAAGCCUUCGCCCGGGCAACAGAGUCACUAUGACUAUUCACCGGGGUAGCAACGUGCUUCAGCAGACCGAUGCUCCAGGCACUUCCAACCAGCCCGGUGGGAAGUAGUUCUUAGGAACGCUUCAUGGAAGAGGCUAGAUUGAAGAGAAUAGUAGGAUCACAUUUAGUUGCCAUGGUGUUAGAUGGCGAAUUAGAAUAAAUUUUAGCGAGAUAGUCACUCUUUUAGUUUAGUUAUAUUUUCCUAGUUAGAUACACUCAUUUAGAUCACCUGCUUUCGUUCGGAACUUGACUGGAUCUCGCGCUAUUUUCACAAGGCUUUGUAUCUUACUUUUUUACAAAGGUUUGAGAUCAUUUUAGGGCUGUUUCUCAAGCUACCUCGCUAUUAAUCCUUCUUUGCGCGCAGCUGCUUUCUGAGCAGCCUCAACCUCUUUCUUCUUCUUUACUACAACCUUCA